AUGGGUGUUUGGCAUGAAAAUGAUGUUCGAAGAUGCAGCAUUGGAUACUUGGAUAACGGUGAAGGCAGCAAGCCUGCAGUUGUUCACCAAAACAUUUUCGUUGAGAAGAUUCUCAUUGACCAGCAGCUCAACCCACUCAUAAUGGAUUCCGGGCUUCCAAAGCUUCUCGCCGAUGAUGUCAUAUACUCAGCUCUCAAGACUAGUGCCGCCAUGGGUUAUAUGGCACCAAAGUACAUUACAACAAGUCGUUUUACCGAGAAAAGUGAUGUUUUCGCAUAUGGAGUAAUCAUCUUCCAGAUCCUCUUGGGUAAGCGACUACUUUCCAGCUCAAUGCGGUCAGCAGCAGAGUGUUGCGGUUUCGAGAACUUUAUCGAUAGCAAUCUGAAAGGAAAUUUCACUGAACCUGAGGCGGCUAUUCUUGGGAAGAUCGCAUUAUGUUGCACCAGUGAAUUGCCCGAUAAUAGACCCACUAUUUUCAGAGUGAUUGAGGAACUAAAUGAUUGCCAGAGGACAGAGAGGAAAGAGGACGAGGAGAAACAGAAGGAUUCGGAGAAGACUAGGAGUGGAACUCCAGUAGAUGGAAAAGAAAAAGAACAUCACUUGGAAGCUGAAGCUGAGAAAGAACAAGAAGAAGAUUUUCCUUCUCCACCUGUAGCCACGGAAACAGGGGGAGCUCGUGCGGAAAUAGCUGAUAUUGAGGCAUCCUCUCCAAGUCUUGGUGAUCGAAUUGCUAAUGUUCCCUCACAUCUCAACACUCCUGGAAUUGAUUUGGCUGGACCUAGUGCUCAAACUGAACCAACAGCAGACUUUCAAAGACUGCUAGAACUCCUUUUGGAGUUGAAGGCACAACAAUAUGGGAUGGAGUUUGAGAUCAAGAACCUCCAAUCAGCUUUGAAGUCUACUUCAGAUUCUCUACACAAGCAAGUACAGGCCCUUAAGCUUCAAGUUCAAGAGACUGCUAAGGGUGAAGAUAGUGAGAAGCUGAAAGAGAUUAUGAGAAAGCUCAAAGAGACAGUUCAAUCUUUGGGGGAUUUCCAGCUCGUUCGCAUCCCCAAACGGCCCUGA